UCGAAACCCUCGUGUACAAAGAGUCCAUGAAAAUGUUAACCAAAACCUGGACAAGAUUAUCUUCAGAUUAGUAAAAUUAUAAAGUUAAUUAAAAAAAAUAAUGGGUGAAUUUUCCAGAAGACAAACCGAGACAUUUAGAAGUACUGCUGAUUACCUUUUGACAAAACUUAGAACACAACACUCAGAUUUUCACCGAGUCAAGGUUGUGAUCCUUGGGUGUGGUCACACAGGCGUUGCUGUAGCCAUUUCGCUACUAUUCAAGCGACUGGCGUCCGAGUUGGUGUUGAUCGACACGAACGAGAAUCUUGCAAGAGCAGAGGCUGAAGAUAUGAGCCACGCGGGUGCUUUCCUCGGUAAUCCAAAGAUCGUGGGGACCAAAGAUUAUAGCGCGGCGAGGGAUGCAACAGUCUGCGUCAUUGCCGCAGGUGAAAAGCAAAGAGGUGAUCAGAAUCGUGAAGAUAUGCUUCAGCAUAACGUAGAUAUUUUCAAAAGCCUUAUACCAAAUGUCUGCAAGUUUGCACCAAGUAGCAUUCUCGUUAUCGUUUCCAGUCCAGUUGAUAUUCUAUCCUAUGUAGCAAUGAAAUUGUCUGGAUUUCCACCUAACAGAGUAAUUGGACUCGGUACCUUUCUAGAUAGUUGUAGAUUUCAGUAUUAUAUCUCACAAAAACUUGGAGUAGCUGCGAGUUCCGUUCAAGCAUUAAUAAUAGGGGAAAAUAGUCCAAUGUCAGUGCCAGUAUGGUCAUCAGUAUCAGUUAUGGGUAUGAGAUUGAAGGAUAUUAACAAAGAAAUUGGUAGCAGGUUUGAUCCUGAAGGGUGGAAUGAAAUACACAAUAGAGUUAUUAACAGUACAAAUAGUUUAAUAAGAAAAAAGGGAUACUGCAGCUGGGCAGCUGGACUGUGUGCUGCUGAAAUAGUCGACGCAAUCAUUAGAAACACCUGUGUAUGCAUCACGGUGUCAACAUUUAUCAAGGGCUGUAAACAUGGUUUUGAAAAAGACAUCUUUAUGUCCUUACCGUGUAUAGUUGGAAGCAAUGGUGUUCAUUCAAAUAUUCGUUUUUCAUAUACUGAUGAAGAACAAGAAUUAACAGAAAUAUCUUGUAAAUCGAUUUAUGAAAGUCAAAAAUCAAUCCUAAAUCAAUUGGAAUAAGAUUGUUUCAUUGAUAUAAAUCAUAUCUUGCUCUAAGUAGCAAUAGAGAGUACAUAAACACCAAGAGGGACUUAAUCACGAUUGCGUGGACACGCAUGUAAAUUACUUUAUGCUAUAAAUACAUCAUACGAAAGCUAAAAAUCUGAGCUUCGAUUCAAAGUAAUCCUGAUGAACGAGGCGGGACAGGUGGGCGAAUUUUUUCACGUAGGUAGUCUCUUUGGAUCAUCAUCGUCUUGGACUUGUUUCUCAAGAACCAGAUAAUUACAAAGUGCAUGCUCCAAUCAAGACAUGUAGAGCGUUCACAAACAUUAGUAAAACUACCUAAUGAUUGAUCAAUUACA